GGGGGAGCGACGAGAUCGCGGACCAGCCUCUCGCGAGAGCCACCCCGGGAACCGCGCAGGCCCCGCCCCGCUCCUCGCCCGGCGUCGGAGCCCCAGCCGGGGGCCGCCUCGCGGAGGGACAAGGGGCGGAGACCCACCGAGGCGGCGCUCGCCCCACCCCCGCGCGUGUGCGCCUGCGCCGGGGCGCAGGUGAGGCCAGGUGAGGAGGAGGCCGCGGAGCGGUGAGGAGCCGGAGCGGUGCCUGGUGCUGUUCUUUUAAUUUACCCUGGUGUUACAAUGUUUCCUUUAAAGAUAAAUUUGUUGAAGAAAAAAGACCACAGAACGUGACAGUAUUUGGAAAUACCAUCCUAACAGAUGUAGCCAGUUAAAAUGAGGUCAUUAAGGUGGGCCCUGAUCCAUGUGACUGGUGUCCUUAUAAGAGGAGAAAAUGUGAACACAGAGACACGGGGAGAAGACAGCAUCUACAAGCCAAGGAGAGAGCAGCCAGGACGCACUCAGUGCCCGGAGACCCAGAGAUGCCUACCACCCCACCCUCUGGGCACCUUCCCAGAGUCCCAGGUUGGAACGGGAGGAGACACCCUCUCUGUCUCCUCCCCCCGCAACAGGAAGGAAGGUUUUCACCAGAGGAGGAGGAGGAAUUCUGUCUCAAGGGAACCUGGACUCCUGAGAGUCAUGAAUGGGAUGGCUUCUGCCACCUGUCCCAUGGGCCCCAUCGACAGCCUGGAGCUCCUGGACCUCCUGUUUGAUCGACAGGAUGGAAUUCUGAGACAUGAAGAUCUGGGGGAGGACUGGGGCCACGUUGGAGACCAGGUCCUGCCAGCCCCGGACUCUGAUGAUUUCCUCAACUGUAUCUUGGGUUCUGGAGACUCAGCGCCAAGCUCUCCUCUCUGGUCUCCUGCGGACAGUGACAGCGGCAUCUCUGAAGAUCUGCCCUCCGACCCCCAGGAUACCCCUCCACACAAUGUGCCCACCACCACCCCGGCCGGCUGCCAUUUCUCGGAGUCUGGCAAGGGGCUCUGCCCCUCCUACCUUCCUAUCCCCCACAGCCCCAACAGGCCUCUUGGGCCAGUGGCCCAAGUGCUCGAGGCCUCUGUGGCCAUAGACCUGGAAAUGUGGAACCCCGGCCUCUAUCCUGAGGAGCAGGCUGAGCUGGCAGUCUCGCCCCCAAGCUGCAACCUCACGGUGAAAGACCUCCUCCUCUCCGGCAGUGGUGGAGACCUGCAACAGCAUUCUUUGGCAGCCCCCCACCUGUUGAGACCUGGGACUGGGCACUGCCAGGAACUAGUGCUGACAGAGGACGAGAAGAAACUGUUGGCCAAAGAAGGCAUCACACUGCCUACCCAGCUACCCCUCACCAAGUAUGAGGAGCGAGUCCUGAAAAAAAUCCGCCGGAAAAUCCGGAACAAACAGUCUGCCCAAGAAAGCCGUAAAAAGAAGAAGGAAUAUAUUGAUGGCCUGGAAACUCGGAUGUCGGCCUGUACUGCCCAGAACCAGGAGCUUCAGAGGAAAGUCUUGCAUCUCGAGAAGCAGAACCAGUCCCUCUUGGAGCAGCUGAAGAAACUCCAGGCCAUUGUAGUCCAGUCCACCAGCAAGACAGCCCAGGCAGGCACCUGCAUAGCGGUCCUGCUGCUCUCUUUUGCCCUCAUCGUCCUCCCCUCCAUCAGCCCUUUUGCCCUCAACAAAGCCGAGAGCGCCGGAGACUUCACACCUGUGCGAGUCUUCUCCAGAACUUUGCACAACGACGCAGCUUCCCGUGUGGCUCCCGACACCAUGCCAGGUUCCGAGGCCCCAGGACCUCAGGCCGAGGCUGGCGCACCUCAGGGAGGGUCUCCAGGCAGCCCCAGGGUGCACUGGAAAUCCCAGGACAUGCUGCCUCUGGAAAACUCGACGGAGGAGCUGAACAAAUCGACCCUGAUCCAGGGCAACUGGGCAGAGGAGCUGAGCCGGGCCACCCUGCUGGACUGGGCCUCAUCUGAGCCAGCACUCAGCUCAGGUCUCGUGGGGCUAGAGGCGGUGGGGGAGGAGCUGUGAGUACCACCUGGAUGUCGACUCCAGGCCCCUCUGCUCAGGGGCACUGUGGUGGGCGCUGGAGCGGAGGCAGGGGACUGGAGGUGAGACAGAGACCCCUGUGGAGAUGCCAGGAUGGAGAUGCAUAAACACAGCUACAUACCCGGGGACCCAGACACAGGAGCAGAAACUGAUGCUCAGACCCAGGGCAACCCUAAGGCCACAAAGCCUGAGAAAUACACACAGACCCAGGCACAGAACAAAGAGGCAGAUACAUACAGAGUAAGCCACAGACCCUGACAGACAUACACACACAUGCCUCAACAAUUGCGCUGCCUGGGGACUCCUCCCCGUCCCUUCACACACAGGGAGGAGGAAGUGACUGAGACUGCAGGGAGCCUGGCCCCUAAGCUGUGGCUGGGCUCUGAACUUCGGGCCGUGGCCAUCCUCCACCUUCUCUGACUGCCGUGAUCCUUAAUAAAAUAUUGCAACAGAA